UCAGCAUGUCUGUGACCCGUACGUGCAAUCAACAACCCUAGCUUCAGAAACAAGACCUUCCUUCCUCGUCGAUCUGUGUAUGUUGGUUUUGUGUGAGCAAAGCAGAAAUCCACCCAAACAAUCAAAGCAGUCAACGAGUGAGAGAGAGAGUGUCUCAGAGAGAUCUAGAGAGAGAGAGGUGAGUUGACCAGGUGUCUUGUGGGUGAGCUACCGGCCAAGGUCUCACACGCUCAAUGGCGUUGAAUUCUUUAAUGGAAUCAUGCACCUUUAAUGCUUCUUCGCCCUAGCUCGCACCCCAUGCACUUGCAACUCAUUCCUUCAUUUCCUUAUAUAAACAAUACAAGUAUAGGUAACCUGCAAUCCCACACUUAACAAUACAAAAAACUACCCAAGAAAACUGUUUUCAUCUCUUUAUUUUUAUACAACCCCCUGAUUAGUACCCAAAUCAAAGAAAAAAGCAGCUUUCUCAGCCUGUUAGCAAGCUAGUGAUCAUCGGGUUCUACUACGUAGUACAACUAUUCACUUAUUCUUAGUUACUUUCACUACUCUCAGUUCGCCGAAAAUUAUUACCAUUUUUUAAGUACUAGUACAGGAAGAUGGGUCGGAUUCCAUGCUGUGAGAAGGACAAUGUGAAAAGGGGACAGUGGACUCCUGAAGAAGAUAACAAGCUCUCUUCCUACAUUGCCCAGCACGGUACUCGCAAUUGGCGUCUCAUCCCAAAGAAUGCUGGUAAGAACCUCUCUCUCCGUCUCAUCAUUCACCGUCUCUAUCUCUCUUCCAUAAAGACUAAAGCUUUUUUUGUUGAUGAUUGACAAGGUUUACAAAGAUGUGGGAAGAGUUGUAGGCUACGUUGGACCAACUACCUUCGACCUGACCUCAAGCACGGGCAGUUCUCAGAGGCAGAAGAGCAAACCAUUGUCAAGCUCCACUCUGUUGUUGGCAACCGAUGGUCCUUAAUUGCUGCACAACUUCCUGGUCGCACUGACAAUGAUGUGAAAAACCACUGGAAUACAAAGCUCAAGAAGAAGCUGUCGGGUAUGGGGAUAGAUCCAGUCACCCACAAACCCUUUUCCCACCUCAUGGCCGAGAUUGCAACCACACUGGCACCACCCAACGUGGCUAACCUUGCAGAAGCAGCACUCGGUUGUUUUAAGGAUGAAAUGCUCCACCUCCUCACAAAGAAGCCGAUCAACUUCCAGUUCCAACAUUCUAACACAACACCCGGGAACCGCACAGCCACUUAUAUCAACAGUAAGGAAGAAAAAGAUGAUACGAUUGAGAAGAUCAAGAUUGGUCUAUCAAGGGCUAUGCAAGAACCAGACAUGUUACAUUCACAAAAAUCUUGGGAUCCUACCGGAGCAACAUCUGCAAACCUUACAGGUAACUGCAGUGCUUUUCCCUUGCAUUCUAUAUCUGGAUUUCAGUAUGGGCUGUCAACAUUCGGAAAUGAAGGGGGUGGUUCACCAUGGAGCCAGAGCAUGUGUACGGGAAGCACAUGCACAGGGGCAGACCAGCAAGGUCAUUUGCAUGACAAACUUGAUGAAGAAAUUGGAGAGGAGUCUGAGGGUGGAAAAGAGUUGAGAAAUGGUUCUAACAUAUUCAACUCAGAUAGCAUCUUGUGGGAUUUACCAUCUGACGAUCUAAUGAAUCCAAUAGUCUAA